GCGUUCGUAUAAGGGAUUCCGACUCAUAACUUAGCAAGUCACGAACGGAGGAAACUUUGGUGAAAAGUCUCGGAUUCGGAAGCUGUAAUUUUGGUGAUUACAGGAACCAAACAUGAAGUACUAUGAAGAAGCUCAGGUGUCUGAUGACAAACGUCCUUGUGCUGGUAUCAGGGAAGAUUUGAAGGCCUGUCUGUUAGCCACAGAUUGUGUUAGGGUGCAUAGGAAGACUCCAAGAGAAUGUCUUCUGUCCAAUGAUCCUUCUGUGCCACAAGAAUGCUUUGCGCUUAGAACUACUUUCUUUGAAUGUAAACGAUCACUGCUGGACACCCGUCAGAGAUUUAGAGGACGUAAAGGCUACUAACAGCCCCAUCACCAUAUGUAUUGAUAUUUCGUUUGUAAAUAGAUAUUUCUUAGUUUUUUAUAUAAGCUUGCAGUUGUUACAAUCCUCAUAACAAAUAUGUGCAAAUGGCAGAUGCUAAUCUAAUUUAAAACAUGAUGGAGAAGGAUAUAUGGUGAAUGAUGCCUGACAAUAUCAUGACUGGUUCUAUUUCAGUAUAUGAUAUAUGAUAUUAACAACAAACAGCUCAGUACUAAGUGAGGAAGUCAUCAUUUAUUUUUUUCUCAAACAAUACUUUGUAAUGAGUAUUAGGGGUUUGAAUAUUAUCUGGUAGUUUAAAGCCUUGAGUGUUAUAUAUGUGAUAUAGUUUUUUUUCCCAACAGAGCUUUAGUGUAUAUUCAAAAUGAGAGAAAAAGGGUAUUUACAUUUAUGUAUUAUGUCUUAAUUUGUGCAUUUAAGUUAUCAAUAAAGAUGUCUUGUAAAUUUGCUAAA